AUGGAGUCCAAGAAGGACUUUGGCUAUUUCUGCUCAAUGUUAUCCUCCCACACCUGCAGGAUGGCCUGCCUUCGGGACAAGGCCAAACAACAGGUCGAACAGUUCAUUGACUUUGCCAUCACCAAGAACCCUGGCCUGCGUCCACCCUCAGGAAAUUCACCAAGGACCCGGCCCAAGGGCAAGACUACGGGGCGGACUGAGGUCAAGAGGCUGGAGGCCAAGAUCGUCAAACCCCUGAAACCGUAUGAGUCGGAGAUAAAGCAGACCCAGGCUGAGAUCAAAAUGUCCAAACAUCCCGGCUGCGGCUGCUGCUCCGUGUGCGCUCGGCUGGAGGGCGAGGCGUGCGGCGUGUACACCCCGCGCUGCGCCCUGGGGCUGCGCUGCUACCCCAACCCGGGCUCCGAGCUGCCCCUGCAGUCGCUGGUCCAGGGCGAGGGCCUUUGCCAAAAGGUUGUGGACACUGAGGUCAGCGCCAGCCCCGAGCAGGUUGCAGACAACGGCGACGAUGACCCAGAGCGAGGCCUGGCCCUGAACCAUGUGGACGGGACCGCGAACACACCGGUUGGUGGAGGCACUGCCGCCCGGAAGCCCCUCAAGUCCGGCAUGAAGGAGCUGGCUGUUCUCCGGGAGAAGGUGACCGAGCAGCACCGGCAAAUGGGCAAAGGUGGCAAACAUCACCUCGGCUUGGAUGACUCCAAGAAACUUCGGCCACCACCUGCCAGGACCCCCUGCCAGCAGCAGCUGGACCAGGCCCUGGAGCGGAUCUCCUCCCUGCGCCUUCCUGAUGAGAGGGGGCCCCUGGAGCACCUCUAUUCCUUGCACAUCCCCAACUGCAACAAGCAUGGCCUGUACAACCUCAAACAGUGCAAGAUGUCUGUGAACGGGCAACGUGGAGAGUGCUGGUGUGUGAACCCCAACACCGGGAAAUUGAUCCAAGGGGCCCCCACCAUCCGGGGGGACCCCGAGUGCCAUCUCUUCUACAAUGAGCAGCAGGAGGCCCGAGAGGCCGAUGCCCAGCAGAUGCAGUAACCCCCCCAGCCAGCCGGUGCCUGGCACCCCCCACCCUCCAAACACCAGUGGGAAAGGAGAGUGCCUGCUGGUGGGUGGGGAGGAGAUUCCAGGAGUUUUGACACAUGUAUUUAUAUUUGGAAAGAGACCAGCACCGAGCUAGACAUACACCCGCCUCCACCUCCCCAGCUGGAGAUGCCCACCCCCUUCCUUCUCCACUCCCCACUUGAGGAAGGUUAUGGGGGAGCUGGGGUAAAGGUUUGGGAGGGGGGAUAAAGACGUUUUUUUAUUUUUGAACCCCUCUCUUUUGCUUAAGAUUAAAGGAAGGAAAAAUAAAGUGUA